AUGGCGAGCAAGUGGAGGCUGAAUAAGACCGAAGAGAAGCAGCUGAGACAAGAAGGUGAUGAAAUCAAAAGCCAGAAGCUUGCUGAAGGAAUAUCUGAGGAAGAUGCAGAAAAAGCCAAGAAUGACCUGAUUGCUGAGCGGACUCAUGAGCUGAAGAAGAUGAAGGCAGACAAUGCUGCAGCUAAGAAGGCUCAGACUCCCCAGUCAAAAGCCAAAGCUAAAGCAAAACCAAUCUCUGCCAGUGUUCAUCCGACACCCCCGACGGACAGUGUGAAUCAUGAUUACUAUGACCGCUUGCUGGCGGCUUUGCAAACCAUUCAGAACCACAAGGUCUUUGCAAGAGUGGAAGAAGAAUCGCCGCUGGACAUCACAGGCAAGAAGAUGAGUGGUGUUCAGGCUGUCUUCAACAAUGACGAGGCCAAGCUGGCACUGAGUGGGGGGAAGGCUUACAGGGCGGCCUGCAACAUGUUCUGGCUGGACAUUGUGACCAGCUCUAGCCCAGGUGUUCCCAUGGAUGAAGAACGAGUGAGGAGGUGGGCCAGGACUGUGUUCUCAGGUGGUCGUGCAGCACACUUGCGGGAGAUGGUGGUUGUUGGGGUUCCAGCCACUGACACGGACCUCAACGCGUCCAAGGGGAGUUGGAAGCAGGUGACCCCGGAGGAGUUGACUCAUAGCAUCAUCUUCUACCUUGAGGAACUCGUUUUGGAUGAUAAAACUACUGAUGAAACCCUCAAGGAAUGGAAAGCUGUGCUACUUAGCACUCCAGUCAUGUUUGUUGUCCUCGACGGUGAUGAUGCCCACUACUGGGAAGCCUACGAACAGCGACAGCGGACAG